GGCGGUCCUCGUCUCUCCUAAGGCUCUUCUAAGAGCCUUUUUCCUCAGAACUUUUGACAGUUCUAGCGAGUAAAACCGGCUUCUCAGAUGCGUGGAACUGUCCCCGGAUGUGUAGCUCUUCACCACUAUCUCUACCUUCUUCUUUCUGAGAGAUUCUGAAGCUUUUGUCAUGGAAAAGUACCACGUGUUGGAGAUGAUUGGAGAAGGCUCUUUUGGGAGAGUGUACAAGGGUCGAAAAAAAUACAGUGCUCAGGUGGUGGCCCUGAAGUUCAUCCCCAAAUUGGGGCGCUCAGAGAAGGAGCUGAGGAAUCUGCAACGAGAGAUUGAAAUCAUGCAGGGUCUUCGUCAUCCCAACAUUGUGCAUAUGCUUGACAGCUUUGAAACUGACAAAGAGGUGGUGGUAGUGACAGACUAUGCUGAGGGUGAGCUUUUUCAGAUCCUGGAAGAUGAUGGAAAACUUCCAGAAGACCAGGUUCAGGCCAUUGCUGCCCAGUUAGUGUCAGCCCUAUACUAUUUGCAUUCCCAUCGUAUCCUACACCGAGAUAUGAAGCCUCAGAACAUCCUCCUUGCCAAAGGUGGUGGCAUCAAGCUCUGUGACUUUGGAUUUGCCCGCGCUAUGAGCACUAAUACAAUGGUGCUGACGUCUAUCAAAGGUACACCACUCUAUAUGUCUCCAGAGCUAGUGGAAGAGCGACCAUACGACCACACAGCAGACCUCUGGUCUGUGGGCUGCAUUCUGUAUGAGCUGGCUGUGGGAACCCCUCCCUUCUAUACCACAAGCAUCUUUCAACUGGUCAAUCUCAUUCUCAAGGACCCUGUACGCUGGCCCUCCACCAUCAGUCCCUGCUUCAAGAACUUCCUGCAGGGGCUGCUCACCAAGGACCCCCAGAAGCGUCUGUCCUGGCCAGACCUCUUGCAUCACCCCUUUAUUGCUGGUCGUGUCACCAUAAUAACGGAACCAGUAGGCUUGGAUUUGGCCGCUCCAUUUACCAGUUGCCUGCCUGCAGAACUUCAGGUUCUAAAGGAUGAACAGGCCCAUUGGCUGGCCCCCAAGGGCAAUCAGUCUCGAAUCUUGCAUCAGGCCUAUAAACACAUGGCAGAAGAGGCCAAGCCAAAGAAACAGCAGAACAGAGGACCUGCCCUUGAGCAGGAAGAUAAGACCAACAAGAUGACCCCUAGCACAGCCCCUAUUCUGGAACCAAGAGCCACUCUUGAAAAAUCAAGUAUGUUGGCUGGGAUCUUGGCCUCAGAAAUGAAGAGCAGUUGUGUUGAAUGGCAGGCUGGAGAGGCCCCUUCUGCACUUCGGGAAAAUCGUAUUACCCCAGACUGUGAACAAGCAUUCCCGGAACUGGGGCCAGAGGUAAUGAGCCAGAAGAGCACAGAUGGAGAAGAUGAGGAGCCAGACAGUGAUAGUGAAUGGCAGCGCCUACUGGAAACCACUGAGCCUGUUCCUGUUCAGCUGAAAGCCCCUCUCACCCUGCUGUGCAAUCCUGACUUCUGCCAGUGCAUCCAGAGUCAGCUUCAUGAGGCUGCAGGGCAGAUCCUGAAAGGUGUCCUAGAAGGCACUACCCACAUCCUUCCUGCAUUCCGGGUCCUGAGCAGUCUUCUGUCCAGCUGCAGAGACUCUGUUCCUUUGUAUUCCUUCUGCCGGGAGGCAGGGCUGCCGGGGCUACCACUCAGCCUACUCAGGCACAGCCAGGAGAGCAACACUAUCCAGCAACAACCUUGGUAUGGGGCCUUCUUGCGGGACCUGGUGGCUGUGAUUCAGGCCUACUUUGCCUGCACCUUCAAUCUGGAGAGGAACCAGACAGGUGACAGCCUACAGGUGUUUCAGGAGUCUGCCAACCUCUUUCUGGACCUGUUGGGGAAACUCCUGGCUCAACCAGACAACUCUGAGCAUACAUUGCAAAGGGACAGCCUUAUGUGCUUUGUUGUCCUUUGUGAAGCCAUGGAUGGAAACAGCCGGGCCAUCUCCAAAGCCUUUUACACCAGCCUGUUGACCACACAGCAUGCAGUGUUGGAUGGGCUCCUUCAUGGCUUGACAGUUCCACAGAUUCCCUUCCACCCACCUCCAGGAACCCCACGCAUGAGUCAAGCACUGCAAGACCAGAAUGAGGAUCUGCCUGGAGCCAUUUCCUGCGCCCUGGCAGCCAUAUGCACUGCUCCUGUGGGGCUGCCCAGCUGCUGGGAUGCCAAGGAGCAGGUCUCUUGCCAUUUGGCAAAUCAGUUGACUGAAGACAGCAGCCAGCUCAGGCCAUCCCUCAUCUCAGGCCUGCAACAUCCCUUCCUAUGCCUGCACCUUCUUAAGGUUCUCUACUCUUGUUGCCAUGUCAGUGAGCGCCUAUGCCAUCUUCUAGGGCAAGAGUCCCUGGCCUUGGAGUCACUGUUGAUUCUUGUCCAGGGCAAGGUGAAAGUAGUGGAUUGGGAAGAGUCCACUGAAGUGGCGCUCUACCUCCUCUCCCUUCUUGUCUUUCGGCUCCAAGAUCUGCCUUCCAGAAUGGAGAAGCUGGGCAGCGAGGUUGCUUCCCUCUUUACCCACUCACACAUCGUCUCUCUUGUGAGUGCAGCAGCCUGUUUGUUGGGACAGCUUGGUCAGCAAGGGGUGACCUUUGACCUCCAGCCCAGAGAGUGGAUCGCUGCAGCCACACAUGCCCUGUCUGCCCCUGCAGAGGUCCGGCUGACUCCACCAGGUAGCUGUGGGUUCUAUGAUGGCCUCCUCAUCCUUCUGCUGCAGCUCCUCACUGAGCAGGGGAAGGCCACCCUGAUCAGGGAUGUGGCUAGCUCAGAAAUGUGGACCAUUCUGUGGCGCCGCUUCUCCAUGGCCUUGAAGCUACCUGACAAAGUGUCUACACAGGAAGAGGACCUGUCACUGUCUAGUCCACCCAGCCCAGAGCCAGACUGGACACUGAUUUCACCCCAGGGCAUGGCAGCCCUGCUGAGCCUGGCCAUAGCCACCUUCACCCAAGAGCCCCCGUUAUGCCUGAGCCACCUGUCUGAGCGUGGAAGUAUCCUCAUGUCCACCUUGAAGUACCUACUUUCCCCAAGCUUCCUGUAUCACCUGAGCCAAGCGCCUCACGGGCCUGAGUUUCUCCCUGUUGUAGCACUCUCUGUCUGCCAGCUCUUCUGCUUCCCCUUCUCCCUGGAUGUGGAUGCUGAACACCUUGUAGGAAUCUUGGCUGACCUCAGGGAUGCAGAAGUUGCAGCCCUCCUGCUGCAGGUCUGCUGCCACCAUCUUCCAUUGUCACAAGUCCAGCUGCCCAUCAGCCUCCUCACACACCUGGCCCUCAUGGAUCCCACCUCUCUCAACCAGUUUGUGAAUACAGUGGCUGCCUCCCCUAGAACUAUCAUCUCGUUCCUCUCUGUUGCCCUCCUGAGUGACCAGCCACUGCUGACCUCUGACCUCCUCUCCCUCCUGGCUCACACAGUCCGAGUACUGUCUCCCAGCCAUUUGUUCUUCAUUCAAGAACUCCUGGCUGGCUCUGAUGAAUCCUAUCGACCCCUGCGCAUCCUCCUGGGCCACUCAGAGAACUCUGUGCGGACCCGUACUUAUGGGCUCCUGGGACACUUGCUCCAACACAGCAUGGCCCUCCGUGGGGCACUACAGAGCCAGGCUGGACUGCUGAACCUUCUGCUGCUGGGCCUAGGAGACAAGGACCCCACUGUGCGGCGCAGUGCCAGCUUUGCUGUGGGCAAUGCAGCUUACCAGGCUGGUCCCCUGGGACCUGCCCUGGCAGCAGCAGUGCCCAGUAUGACCCAGCUACUUGGAGAUGCUCAGGCUGGUAUUCGGUGCAAUGCUGCAUCAGCUCUGGGCAACUUGGGCCCUGAGGGGUUGGGGGAAGAGCUACUCCAGUGCCAAGUACCCCAGCGGCUCCUAGAGAUGGCAUGUGGAGACUCUCAGCCAAAUGUGAAGGAAGCUGCCCUCAUUGCCCUCAGAACCCUCCAGCAGGAGCCCUGCAUCCAUCAGGUGCUGGUGUCCCUGGGUGCCAGUGAGAAAUUAGCCUUGCUUGCUCUGGGAAAUCAGUUACAGCCAGAAAGCAGUUCCAGGCCUGCAUCUGUCAGACAUUGCAGGAAACUCAUCCGCCUACUGAAGCCAGCCCACAGCACAUGAUCCCAGGUUCCUGGGGUCCAGCCUCCAGCCUUGCCCUGCUGUUGCCAAGUCUUCCUUGUGCUCCUAUACAAGUCACCAACUCAUCUGAGGGCUAGAGAGACUGAAAAAGAAUGACAAGCUGCCAACUCUCCUGAAAAUGAGGAACUAGAAGAGAUUUAUACAUAAAGCUUCCUCUUUUUCCAAGAUUCAGGAUCGUUUCAACCAGUAAAUUUUGUUACUGUCGGUGCCAGAGAAGAUUCCUUCCUUCUCUACAUACAGGGGUCUUUUCUUCAAUAAUGUGCCUUUAACCCCAGGAAUGUGCCUCCUGGACCUUAGGGAAACAUUGCCACUUCACAGAUCUCUCCCUUUCUGGAGCUGCGAUAACCCUCCAGUGAUUUUUGCUUCAGUUACAUUGGCCUCUGUCUCAGCUGAAGGCUAUGGGGAUAAAUUUCAUCUGUCCCUGUUGUUGAGGGAUUCCCUUAGCCUACCUUUCUUCUGUGGGUAGGGAGUAUAUCUUUUUUGUUUGUUUGUUUGUAAUUCUGUUUGUAAAUGUUUUUAAUUAAAAAAAAAAUUGUGCCUCUCCCUGCUUGGAGCUCCCAGGGUAAGAAGUUGGGAGGGUCAGCUCCUCAUUUAGCUUCUACGUGGUGCUGGAAGCCCUAGAGUCCUAUUCACACGGAAUCCUGCUUUGGGCCUCACUUGUGUCUUGCCUUGCCUUACAGCUUCCUCCAUCCCACAUGAGCCAAUGCGGUCACCUACUCCCAAGCCACAGCCAGUAGAACUGAAAUAGCA